CCAUUUAACGACGCUAGGGGGAGCGAACGGACUUGUAAGUAGACGAUCGAGCGAGAGGCACACCUGUGGUCCACUUUUCAAUUUUCGAUAGGCAUAAUGACGACCAAAUUAUACGGAAAAGAUCUGAAGGAUUACGAGGAUGUCGAUAUUGAUGAAUUGUUAGAUAAGCUCACGGCAGAAGAAUUAGAGCAGCUUAGCAGUGAAGUGGAUCCUGAUGAUUCGUUGCUUCCACCUUCGGAAAGAUGUCGCGAGCAGACUAAUAAGUCUCCGACUGGACCGUUAGAUAGAAAGCAUCUUCUUGAAUAUCUGGAAACAUCAGCUAAAGAACAAGAAGAUUGGCCAGAAUGCAAACCAUAUCAGCCUGGUGUUAAAAGAGGAAAAGUUUGGAAGCCAAAAGCGGAACCUAAAUUAAAAGAAGAGGAUGACAUAAAAAUUGAAUUGGAUUUAGAUGAUGAUUACGAAAAAGCUUUAUCUACUGCCACAGAAUCUGAAUUAGUAGAUCUUGCAGCUGUUUUGGGUCUACACAGCAUGUUGAAUCAAGAUCAGUAUCAUGCUUCAAUCUUAAAUCAAAAACAAGUUACUGGAGAAAAGUUUGAAACCGUAGUUCGUUCAACAAAACCAAAAGUUCUUCCAUUCGAACCAGACAACAACACUGAUGUUGACAAAACAUUGGAACAAGUUACAAAAAAUGAUCCUCAUCUUAAUUCACUUAAUUGGAACAAUAUAAAAAAUAUUUCAAAAGAAAAGUUUAAACGACUGUUUGAUGGUUUGCAAAACAAUACUUACUUGGAAACUCUCAGUUUAGCAAAUACGGAUUUAAAUGAUUUGAGUUGCGAGGAUUUGGUCGAGUGUUUGAAAAUAAAUAAGACAUUAACAUCGUUAAAUGUCGAGUCCAACUACUUAACUGGAAUAAUGAUUUGCAAUCUAAUUGCUGCUCUACUGCCAAAUCAAACUGUUCUGGAAUUCAGAGCCUCCAAUCAAGCAGUACAAGUUUUAGGCAACAAAGUGGAAAUGGAAAUUGCGAAACUAAUAGAACAGAAUGAUUCCUUACUACGUUUGGGCCUCAGUUUGGCGGUUCCGGAUGCUCGUAUAAGAGUAACUCGUCAUUUAUCCAAAAACAAUGAUAACUUGAGGCUGAAAAGGAUUGGAUGCGAAUGAGAAGAACGUUUACUAAGACGACUUCAUUCCAAUGUCUUACCUUUUUUUCCUAAACCGAAUCAGGUCUUACAAACUUAACAUCUUCAUUAAUAAUUAUUAUCGCUGCCAUUGAAUCAGUAUUGAUGUUUUCAAAACAGACCAAUUAACAAUGUGAAGAAUUAUGUACAAUUUUUUCUUGGUAAAUAUUUUGUACCUUAUUAUUAUUUUUUUUAUUUAAUCGAAUCACCAAAGGGAUCAUAACGUGUUUUAAAUUUUAAAUGUUGAAUUAAAUGUAUAAUAUAUAUAAAUAUAAAUUGAAUUUUGACUGGUCAAAGAAAAUGCUUAAUGCAGAAUUAAAUUGGAAUUACAUUCCACUUUAUAUAUUGUUAAACAUGUUUGAGAGAUUUUUUUUUUGUCGGCAACGUAGAUAGUAAGUACUUUAUUGUUGUACACUGUUAGUCUAUAUAACCAGUUUGAAUUUUAUAAUUAUUGUACAAUUUAAAAAAUUCCAUUUUUUUUUUAUUGAUAAAAAAAAUAUCAUUGUGAUUGAAGGGAUCAUUUCAAAGAAAUAAUAAUUUUUUUUGUCAUAU